UAUGGCCCUGUGUGGGACACACCCUGUAUAGUCGAACCGUUGGAAUUAAAUUCAAAAUAUAGUUAAAUUUUGUAGCGAACACACGUUUAAAAAAAGAAAAUAUGGAUCCUACGGACUCCACGAUGGAGGUUGACGAUAUAAAGACCGAAAAAUCGGAAAACAAAUUACCGUUUUCUAUUGAAAAUUUGUUAGCGGAUAAAUUCGAAAGACAGUGUUUUAACGAUUUUUCGGACAAUGCUAAUGCGUCUACUAGUGGUGUGACAAGUGAUUUGAAAAGUAAUUACGUGAGUGAUGUGCCGGAAAAUAUCGAUUCUGAUGAUGAUGAUCGAGUCAGUAGCGACGGUUCGGAAAAUGUUGACGUAGAGAGCUCGACGGUUGGCGAUGCCCAGGAGUUUCUUGAUAUGAAAUCUACUGAUUAUUCGCAAUCAGGAUCAUGCUCAUCCCGCGGAAAGAGAGCACGGACAGCAUUCAGUGCGCAGCAGAUCAAGAGUUUGGAAGCAGAGUUUGAGAAAAACCGCUACUUGUCCGUGGCGGCCCGAGGCAGACUGGCCAGGCAGCUCAGACUUACUGAGACACAGAUAAAGAUAUGGUUCCAAAACCGUCGAACAAAAUGGAAGCGAAAAUACACAAACGACAUCGAACUUCUUGCGCAGCAGUAUUACAGCAGCCUUGGAAUCGUCAGCCCCCGACCAAUGUUUGUCGGAGACCGUCUCUGGAUCUUCAACUAUCCAAACAGAGUCCCACCGACACAACAACAGCAAUGGAUAAAAUCUCUUAACACAAUGAACGCGCAAAAUCAAAUAAUCGACAGAACAAAUAUGUUUCGCACUUUACCAAAACCCGACGUUCCAUUUCUUAACCCCAGUGUGUAUCCGAACGACAGAGUCUUCAUGGACCGCGGACUAAGUUUGUCAGGAAACGCCAAUGUCAAAAUUCCCGCCCAAAAUCGAAUUUUGCCGCGAGAAGUUUACAAUAAUAUGGCUCAAAGAAGCAUGGAUGUUUACAAAAAUAAUAUUUUAAGUCACAGCAGCCCACCGCAAGAGUCUAAUGUUGAUCAUUUGAGAAGAUUGGAGGAGAAUUUCAGUAUUUAAAAUUUAAGGAUCUCGUCUAUGAUUUUGUAAUAAGUGCCUUGUACCUUUGCCUUCUUAUUGUAUAAUAUUUGUAAAUAAAGUUUUUAUCGUGUCAAUUUUAAUUAUUAAUUUGUGGUGUGUUGCUUAUUUUACUUAUUCCACGAAGGUGAAGAAAGGUAAAAAAAUAUAAGUAAAUGUCUUGUCAUUCUUGGCCAAGUCCGGCCCGGUA